GAGGAGGAGGAGGAGGAGGAUGGAUGUCAUGGACGGACAAGGCCUGCUCGCGGGCUGAAUCGAGCUCUCCUUGAGGAAUGGGGUGUCGAUGAUUUCGGCAGUCGAAGCAGCGGGUGCGCGAGCGAGCAGCGCCACCGAGGCCCCAUUGCCCUUCUGUCGCCACCAACGCGAGAUCUGGUGCAGGAGCUCAGCUGUUGUUUCAGUGCGUGUCUUACGUCCGUAUCAUUCGAGGAACGCACCACCGAAUGCUGAUGAAGGAGGACAGGAGUCAUUGACCGAUGUACCGGGUCGUCGUAGGAUAUGCGCGAGGAGCGGCGUCCGUGUUUUUCACGCCUCCUUGAGAGCAGGAGAGGAGAAGAAGCUGAAGUUGCUGCCGCCGUUGGAUUUCUCGUUCGCCAGUCCGGACGCCGGGAAGUGACAAGGAGUCCUUCCGGCUGGUGCGGGAAUCGCAGCGAGCAAGUUGCAAUGACUCCCGGAAGAAUCCGGCCCAUUGGAGCUCAAAUUCGUAUCGCGAGCGGACCCGGUGUGUGGCGGCAACAGUGACUUCAGGGAACACCUGAUAGGGCGCCGCCAGCAUUCCCCCGAGCAUGAACGAAAUGAGGCCGCUUCCGCACGGCUUCACGGCUCAACCGGGUUUGAGCUACUCCUGCCACGAGAGAGCAAUGUGACUGCAAAAUGCCGCGCCGCUGCCUGUCUUCUCCAAGGUAUGGUGGAUAGGCACCCCUCCCGUCUACCGGGACGUUUUGUUGAAAUAUGAGUGACAUGUCGCCCUUGAGGUGAGGCUUCGUCGAGCUUAGCACUUAGCGCCCACUUAGCGCCCAAGUCUCAGCAGUGUGUAGGAUGCGGAACGGUCAACACCUCAAAUAUGAGAAUCUCCGUGCAGCGCAGCAGGUAUUGCGGCACUGGUAUUCUGAUACCCGUCUUCUUGGCCUCCACUCUUUUGAGCACUUACGGAUUUGACAUUCGCUGGUACAGUCUGAAAGAAGACGUGACUGGUCCCCAAAAUCUGGUCUUGACAUAUUCUCACCCGACUGGACCUUUAAGUUUGCCUGUGGGUGCCGGAGAAGGAAAUGUUUUGCGAGAACAUCCUUCUUUGAUCGGUCACGGCGCAAAGACUGCGAAGCGCCUCGCCCUGAAGCAUGGAGCUCUGAAGAGGAAGCUGGCCGCCGCUGCAUCACCUUAUCAAGGUCCAGCCUUGCCGCGGCUGCCACUACGGAGGGCCCAGCUAAGAGUCAAACCUCUCGAGGUUACACCGAAGCCUGUACCCGUCGUGUCUCCGGUGAAUUCCCCGAGAUCACCUCCCCCUCCGGAUGCCCUUGUACCGAGCCCUCCCACGAGUAUACCCACACCUCCCCCGCAGGCUGAUUGUAAAUGCAAAGAUGGGUAUACCUCCACACCAACUGGUUCCCCUUGCGGUUGUGUUAUCCCUAUUCAAGUUGGUUUGGAACUCAGUGUAGACCUGGAGGUCUUUUUCCCCUUGGUUUUGGAGUUGUCGAAAGAACUCGCGGAGGGGAGCUUUCUUCCGCAGAGCCAAGUUCGCAUCACAGGGGCGAAUGCCGUGAGCAAUAACCAGGAGAGAACUGAUGUUCAUGCGGAUUUGGUACCCUUAGGUGUUGCGUUUGACAACACUACUGCUCAGCUGAUUGCCCAAAGGUUUUGGGGAAGACAGGUUGAAAUCAACGAGACUUUGUUUGGAAAUUAUACCAUAUUGUACGUGAAUUAUCCAGGUCUAUCAUCACCCCCGGCCCAAGCCUCUGGCCCGGACUCUGAAGGAUCUGCCGGAGGAGGCAGUCCGAGCGGCACCGUGCCUUCGGGAAAGGCGGAAACAGGCGCCGGAACGGAGAACAGGUUCAGCCGGGGAAUUAUCGUUAUCAUUUCGCUGACUUCAGCCGCUGGCACUGCGGUCCUCUUGGGAGGAAUAUGGCUGGUUGCUGUUAAGUGCUGUCGGAGCGAAACAAGUGCGGUGGGAGAAGAUUCGUUUUUGCCCGGCGCCAAGAAAUCGGCCGGAUCAACUCUUGUGAGCACGAUGGAUAGUUUCACGACUCUGUCUUACUCAUCAAAUUUUGCUACGUACAUAGCUUCUGCAAGGAAUUUCACCGCCUCGGAGAUUCAGAGAGCCACGGACAAUCUCAAAGAAGAGAAUGUAGUUGGUGAAGGUGGAUUCGGACGUGUUUACCAAGGUCGGCUGGAUGACGGUCUCAAGGUUGCCGUGAAAGUGCUCACAAGGGACGAUGAUAGCGAGCUUUUAGCUGAAGCGGAGUUAUUAAGUCGACUGCAUCAUCGGAACCUGGUGAAACUUCUUGGCAUUUGUAUAGAGGGAGGUGUACGAGCUUUGGUGUAUGAGCUCAUCUCGAACGGUAGCGUGGAGUCACACCUGCACGGUCCAGACGGGAUGAUAGCUCCUCUCAACUGGGAUGCCCGGAUCAAGAUAGCUCUGGGAGCAGCCCGUGGCCUUGCCUACUUGCACGAGGACUCCAACCCGCGAGUCAUUCAUCGGGAUUUCAAGGCGAGUAAUAUUCUUCUCGAAGAGGACUUCACUCCGAAGAUCUCAGAUUUCGGUCUAGCUAAGGUGGCGUCCGAAGGCGGAGGUGGUGAGCACAUUUCUACUCGGGUCAUGGGCACCUUUGGGUAUGUGGCGCCUGAGUAUGCGAUGACAGGACAUCUUCUUGUGAAGAGUGACGUGUACAGCUAUGGGGUUGUGCUGCUGGAGCUUCUGUCCGGGAGAAAACCAGUGGAUAUGUCUCAGCCACCUGGUGAGGAGAACCUGGUCAGGUGGGCUCGCCCCCUUCUCACGUCUAGAGAAGGAUUGCAGCUGCUUCUGGAUCCCGUGUUGGGGGAGACUGUACCCUUUGAAAAUGUGCAAAAGGUUGCAGCUAUAGCCUCGAUGUGUGUUCAACCUGAAGUGUCACACCGACCUUUUAUGGGGGAGGUUGUCCAGGCGUUAAAACUUGUUUACAAUGACUCGGACGCGAGCGACGGGAGGAUAUCAUUCAAUGGAAGUCACACGGGAGACGGACAAUCUUGUGGUCAUGGCACGGGUGAACCCCUCGGUCCUCAAUCCUCGUACAGGCCGAGCAGCAUGCCUGCGGCCCCCUUCAGCUCUGGCCCCACGCUUAGCUCCGAAUCCGAACCACCGCAAAGGCCGAUCUCUGCAUCUGCAGUCUUGUCGAACUCGAGCAGGUUUAUACGCCAGCUUUCAGGUUCUUUCCGAAGAUAUGGUAGUUCCGGACCUUUAAGGACAACGAGAAGUAGGCCGGCCUGGUACAAAGUCAGAUAUCCAAGAGGUGGUACAAUGAGUGACCACCACAAUAGCAAAUUUGAAAUUGAAUUAGAAAGAGAUUACUUUGAACUUUGGCCAUGAUGAAAAUCUUGUAUCCAUGUACUUCAUUGAGCAUUUGAAGGUAUCUCUUACCAUUGCUUGAUCACCAUUAGGAAGCUUGCAACAUGUUAAAUUAUUACAAUGUAGAACAUUUGAAAAGUAGCUGCUACCCUGCAGCCACACAGGCUCCGGCCUUUUUAAAGAGGAUGAGGAACGGAAACAGCUAGUUUCCGUGAAAUUGGUGCUACAGAGGACAUUUAGCCAAAAGUUCACUAGGCAUGACCAUUCUUGUAGAUGAGUUUGAAGGAUUCUUGUACUUUUGAGCGAAAACCGUCAGUUGAAUCUUAGGUAGGUGAUUCGGGUCGUUGUUUGUACUCACGAACUAAAGCACUGUACCUCUAACAAUGGGUCUGCCGGGCAGAGUCGAGAUGUACAACUGGAGAGUAGCCGGGUUCCAUUACUCGUUCCUCUCAACAAGUUACUCUAUAAGCCCUCGGAAGGAUUAUUGGCACGCAGCUGUGAAGAUCAGCUUAGCGUACAGCUGCGCAGGUUUAGUCCGUUUACUUUUGUAGAUGUUGGUCAGACAACAAUGUGAAUAGUCUUGAUUGGAUUGAAGAUUCUACAGGUGAUCUACUGCGGUGCGAUGUUUCGAAGGGUUAAUGAAGUGAUGAGCAGAGACGGUUUGUGAAAGAUAUGUAAUGGCUGUACAGUUUGCGUAGGAGCCCGUUCCCUUUCCUCACGUUUAGUAUCAUACCACCUAUUUGUUGGGUACAGAACGGCGGAAAUAUUUGGCGACAGACUCCUCUACCCGCGCUCCUCUGCAGGAUAGUGCUUCUGUUUGAAAGAAGAACCCUUGCACUCGCCGCAUGCAGAGCAGAACGAGCGAGUCCCACGAGUAGGAACUGAAAAUAUGCAAUUCCUGAAGCUUUCUUCGAGGGUAGAAACUGCAAAGCAGCAGUGGAGCUGAAGAGACUAAAACUUGGACCACGUAAUUGAAAACGCAAACUUCUCUCGUGAGAGGAGUUGUGCCUUCUGAGUUUCUUCUCAGAAUGGUUGAGAAAGUUGAUGUAAUCAUCGACGCGUAGAUUAUCGAGCUGGAAGGUUACAAUCUCCGUAAAUGCUAGACAGAUUGACACUGGGAACGUAGCCAAUAUGUGGGAGACCGAGCGAUUGGCAACUGUGAAUAGCUACUCCCACCUCGUUAGGGUUCCGUCUCUGAUCCGUGAGGUUACAUAGCAAUCACGUGACAGAGUGAAGAGGAAGUCAAGUAAAUUAUCCGGAUACUACAAGAUACGGUAUUGAUAGCACUGUACACGAAGAAGAAUUUCCUAUUCUGGAUAAACGCUUCGAAACAUU